AUGCUCCCCCCGCUUGUGUUCCCCUUGCUUGUAGCAGCGGUCAAUGUUGUAGCCGUCGAUCCGCUCGUCGAUGUCGAUUACGCGAAGUACUUUGGCACGGCGCGUCCUGGAGGUGUAACGGAUUGGCUUGGAAUCCGCUACGCCGCUCCGCCUUUGGGAGAACUGCGUUUCGCGGCACCGCAGGAUCCAUUACCUGAGGAAGGUGUUCAAGUAGCAAACCAGCACGGAUUGAUCUGUCUCAGAACCCCUGGAGAUCCAACUGUUAACACGACUUCGGAAGAUUGCCUGUUUCUGGACGUAUAUGCUCCGUCCGCUGCCAAUGCCUCGUCAAAGUUGCCCGUGUACUUCUUCAUCCAAGGUGGCGGCUUCGCUGAGAAUUCCAAUCCAAAUUACAAUGGCACAGGGCUCAUCGAGGCGUCUGGGAUGAAUAUCGUCGUCGUGAACUUCAACUAUCGCGUUGGACCCUUUGGAUUUCUCGCGAGUCAAGAGGUUGCCGAAGGAGGUAGUUUGAACAACGGUCUCAAAGAUCAAAGGAAAGCAAUGGAAUGGGUGCAGAAUUAUAUUAGUCGGUUCGGUGGAGAUCCUGACCAUGUCGUGAUGGGAGGCGAAAGUGCUGGCGCCGCCUCAGUGACAUAUCACUUGACAGCCUAUGGAGGACGCAAUGAUGGCCUUUUCCAGGCAGCCGCUGCUGAAUCGCAGUCAUUCGCCACCAUGUUCACUGUGGAACAAAGCCAGUGGCAGUUUAACAAUCUGGUUCUGCGGGCGGGUUGCGCAGGUGCCGAAGACACCCUGGCAUGUCUAAGAAACCUGACCGUGGCCGAACUCCAGACGGUAAACAUACAGACCCCGUUCCCUGGCGCGCAAUACGCCCCUUUGUAUAUGUACGGCCCGACAAUCGACGGCGAUCUUAUUCCUGACUACACGUACCGUCUGUUCGAGCAAGGCAAGUUCGUUCGAGUCCCGUCUAUCUUCGGCGACGACACCAACGAAGGAACUAUCUUUGUGUACAAUACCACCAACACGAUCGGCGAAUCGGAUACCUUCCUGCAGGCGCAGUUCCCCUACAUUACCCGUGCGCAGUUAGCGAAGAUCAACAUACUGUACCCGGUCACGAAUGACACCUUCCCCGCAGCGCCUAAUGCUGGAAAGUAUUGGCGCCAGUGCAGUAACGCCUACGGCGAGAUACGUUAUAUCUGCCCUGGUGUCUAUAUCUCCGGCGUUCUAGUCCAGGCAGGGGUUACUGAUAGCUGGAAUUACCACUACAACGUCGAGGAUCCCCAGCAGACUGCCGAGGGGUAUGGGGUGCGGCACACCGUGGAGACGAACGCGAUCUGGGGCCCGCAAUACGUAACUGGCACGCCGCCCGCGUCGUAUAACACUACCAAUGCGGGCGUGGUCCCUGUCAUGCAGGGGUAUUGGACGAGUUUCAUCCGGACAUUCAACCCGAACACCUAUCGCUACAAUGGGUCAGCGGAGUGGGGCACCUGGGGCGAGCAGGGGUACCAGCGGCUGCUCAUUCAGGGCAACGGGACUUUGAUGGAGACGGUGCCGGCAGACCAGCAGGGGAGGUGUGCUUAUCUCUCAAGUAUCGCGGUGGAACUAAGGCAGUGA